GCCAUUGACAGAAUUCACCAUAAUUAGUCAAAUUUAUCCGGAAGAAGCAGAAUUUAUUGGAAUUAUUACAAGAAUUAGAAAUAUUUUGGUAUUAUUUGUUUCAAAAUUCGCUUCAUUGCUGUGUUUAGGAAACUCAGAGCAAUAAGUAUUAUUGCUCAAGUGUUUUCAAUAACUUGAACGCACGAAACAAGUUUACCUUGCUUUAUUCAACAGCUCAUGAGUUAAUUUGCAGUUUAAUUAUUCGUCUGGUAAUUCGUUUUUCUUUUAAGUUGUUUAUGACAUUUCGUUGAUUUCUACUCAUUCUUUCCGUUGUUUUGCAUUUAACUUACCAAUUAUAUGUUUAAAAAUUUAUUUCUUUGCAUAAUAUACUGCUGCUACGAUUCUAUUCCCAUUGUUAAGUGACCUUCCCUAUUUAUCGCAUUUUCCUUUGGAAUUGGUUCUAUCUUUUUUUUUAAUUACAAAAUUAUAUUAUGCGUUCUAGCAGCGAAGAUUCUGCAUCUGAAAAUGGAUACUCUAUUCCACUAAAGGAUUAUCCAAAAGAGACAUCCAUGUCAAAACAUGCAGAUAGCGCUUCUGGUUUUCAUAAGGAGCAACAUGUUGAACAAAUUAAAACCUUCGACGAUAAUGAUUUUGAUGAGGUAUUGAAUGAAGAUGGCUCAGAAUCUUUUGACCUAGGAAUCCCUAUCCAACGUGAAAAUACCGACCCUAGUCUUUUGGAGAUGAACUACCCUUAUUUGUCGAAAUCUAGGACUUCUGAUAAACCAGAAGAAACAUUACUUAAAAAAGGCGUGAAAAAACAUAACAAAUAUUCAGUUAAACGGACAUUUAGGAAACCUGACUUUUUUCAUAAGACAUCUCCUAUAGUUACAAAGAUUUUUUCAGAAAUUUACAGUGGAAUGUUGAGAGUGGUUGCCUGUCCAGAACCACGAGAUGACAGUUGCUUCCGUAAUCGUCAGUAUAGGGACAUAUGCAAAAAGGUCUUUUUAUCAAUUCCCUAUAACAUAUUAAUAUUUUCAAUGAUUGUGACACAAGGUGUAAUCCUUAUGAUUCAAUCAGAUGACCCGCAUCACAAAGAAACUAGUGUCACGGUUAUACUUUACAUUAUAGCAGGUUUUUAUACGCUUGAGAUGCUUUUCAAAGUUUAUCUAUUUGGUUUUAUGUAUGAUGGCUCAUACUCUUUUCACUCGCUUGUCGAUUCCUACAAAAAGGGACGACCUCGGGAUAUGUCUUAUAUGCGCCAUUCGUGGAACAGAGUAGAUUUUGUUUCAAUUAUCAGUAUAUGGGUCAUGUUAUUCAAAAAGAAGUAUGAUGGUAUUUAUCGUUUAUUUGCGAUGCUUUCGUGCUUCCGUCUAACGCGACUAUUAAAUUUGACUCGAAGAACGGAAACUAUACUAAAAAGUUUAAAAGAAUCCUCAUCCCUUUUAGUUCACGUUGUGUCAUUUGUAGGGUUCUUUGGUGUACUGAUGGCCAUUCUAGGAGUACAAUUCUUCAAAAGAUCUUUUCUAAGACAAUGUUUCUGGGUUGCUGAAGAUCGGUCUCAGUUCGUUCCUACAGGAAAGUUCUGCGGUGGAUAUUGGCUAAAUGGGACCAUACAACCCUACAUAAUAUCAUCCGGAGAGUCUUCAAAUGUCAGACCUCGUGGUUAUAUAUGUCCGCAAAACAGUGUAUGUCAAGAUCAUGAAAAUCCUUACGGAAACACUGUAAGUUUUGAUAACUUUUUUAAUUCUUUAGAGCUUAUUUUCGUUAUUAUGAGUUCAAACACAUUCACAGACUUGAUGUAUGAUAUGAUGGAUGCAGAAUAUUUUGUUUCUUGUGUUUUCUUUAUAUUUGGUACUUUUCUAUUAACUUUCUCGUUAAUGUCUUUUGUCAUCGCCGUCGUCAAUAAUUCAUUCCUUCUGUUACAAACAAGAGACGACAACAAAGAUAAGAAAACUGGAAAAUCUCCCAACUUCGUAUAUAUAAAACACGCCUUUUCUAGACGUUAUUUAGACUAUUCUGAUUAUGUUUGGAUCAUUUUUAUAGUUGUUUAUUUCAUCGUUUUGGCUACGCAUUCCUAUGACAUGGAUAGCAGAACGACUUGGAAAUAUUACGUUUUUUAUUGUGUCUUUAAUGCUUUUCUUGCAUUUGAAAUACUGUUACGAUUUAUAGCUUACCUUCCGAAUUGGCGAGGAUUUUUUAUUAUACCCACCAACAAUGUGGAUACUGUCCUUGCUAUAAUGAAUCUGGUUUCAUUAGCUCCCCCUAUUUGUAAAAAUCCUCUCCUCAGCGGAUGGUUGUCUAUAUUUUCUAUCGCACGGAUUUAUCGGGUGGUGUUAUUAAUGCCUUAUACCCGUAAGAUUGCAAAGUUACUGUUUGCUAACUUUAUUCGGCUUCUAAAUUUGAUGCUGUUCUUGUUAAUUUUGCUUUUCAUUGCCUCAAUGUUGUCUGUAAGACUUUUUCAGAUUUUACCACCUUCUGAAAAUUCAAGUGACGAUGUUGAUUUUUCAAAUACCUAUGCCGCUUUUCUUAAUAUGUAUCAAAUCUUUUCUAGUGAAAAUUGGACUGAUAUUACCUAUAAUGUCCAAGAAAGGUUAGGACCUUACAAACUCGCGUGGAUGCCCGCCGCAUUUUUUACGCUUUGGUUUGUAUUUUCUAAUAAUAUAGUGCUGAGUAUGUUUAUAUCCGUGAUUCAGUUUAACCUUUCGAGAAGCAAUACGGAUUUGAAGUUGCAGCAACUGAAGAUGUAUUUGGCCAGACUACUUCGGAAUUAUAAUCCAUUUCAAGCAUCAUUAACAUUAAAUGCACUUUUAAAGAGAAACAACUCACAGAUUCGUAAAGAUAAGGAAGAGUUAUACCGAAAAUGGGUUUUGGAAGAUUCAGUUAUAAAAGGAUUCUUAAAUGACACCACGAUACCUUCUUCUGAACGUUUAGGUCCAAAUUUCGACACCUAUCCAAACGGACCUAAAUAUUCUCCUUCUAGGAUAAUAAAUACGAUCAAGAGUUUUAUAUUACGGGAUGAUCCGUUUUCACAAGCAUACUUCAAAAAGAUAAUCGGCUUGAGAUGGAACAAAGACAUGAACCUUAAGACAGCCGAAAAAGACAUGAAAGCAGCAAAGGCAUUCGUCAGAAUCAAACAAGCAGAAUAUUUGAAAGAAAACCCCAAAUAUAAUUAUGUGUUUUGGUUCAUAAAACCAUCGAACCGCCUUCGAAACUUUUGUCAAAAACUGGUUGAGCCUGGUUGCAAUGAACGUUAUGAAGGAGCGGAACCAAACCAAUGGAUCUAUCGAAUUUUUCAAGCUUUUAUUUACGCAUGUAUUGUAUGUGCCGUGGCAAUAGCUUGCGUCACGACUCCUAUUUAUGAACGAGACCAUAUUUAUUUGGGCCAAGAGGGAAAGACUGCAUGGUUUAUUUGGACCGAAGUGGCGUUCUCUCUCAUAUUCACGUUCGAAGCGGCCAUUAAAAUCAUUGCUGAUGGCUUUUGCUUUACGCCAAAUGCAUAUGUUAGAAAUACUUGGAACUGUAUUGAUCUUUUCGUUUUGGUUACGUUUUGGAUUAACAUUUUUGCAAUCCUAACAAAUCGAGGAUCUCUUUCCAGAGCUUUUCGGGCUUUCAAAGCGCUUCGAGUAUUACGGCUAGUAAACCUUACUAGAGCACCACAACAUAUGUUUCAUGAUGUCCUUAUUAGUGGAUUUUUCAAAAUAGCAUCAGCUAUGGUAGUUUCGGUAAGUUUAUUAAUUCCCUUUGCUCUUUGGGCUAAAAAUAUUUUCGGCGGGCAAUUAUAUUCUUGCAAUGAUAGCAAUGUGAAUACUCGGUGGGAAUGUUUACAUGAAUAUGCUGCGUCUCCAAGCAACUGGGAAAUAUGGGCCCCUAGAGUUUGGAGUAAUCCCAACGGUUACGAUUUUGAUAGUUUUCCUCACUCUUUAUUGAUCCUUUUUGAAAUUGUGUCUUUAGAAGGUUGGAUUGAUGUUAUGCGAGAUGUAAUGAAUAUUACAGGACUUAAUAAGCAACCGCAGGAUAAUGCUUCACCAGGGUAUGCUAUAUUCUUUGUUCUUUUCAAUCUGAUCUCUACUAUUUAUAUUUUGACUUUGUUCGUUGCUAUUAUUAUCCGGAAUUAUACAGAGCGCUCCGGAUCUGCGUUUUAUACCCCAGAACAAAAGGCUUGGUUGGAAUUAAAGCGGCUGAUUAGAUCUAUGAGACCGUCGACUAGAUCGGCUGUUCGUCCGCGGGGAAUUCGAGGGCGUUGCUAUGACUUUUCAGUUGAUAAACAUGGCAAAUGGAGAAAUGUAUUUACAGGAAUCUACAUAUUUCAUGUUUUAAUGCUGAUGACUAUUUUUACUCCAUGUCCAGUUGCUUUUACUUAUGUUAGAAAUGCUAUUUUCCUUUUGUUAUCUAUUCUGUAUGUUAUUAAUAUUGGAGUCAGAAUUUAUGGGCUUUCCUUAUAUUAUUAUUUUCACAGCUUUUGGAAUAUUUUUGAUGUGAUAAUCACAUUUGGAAGUCUUACUUGCAACAUUUUAGCGUUAAUCGGAUUCUCGAGCAAAUCACUAACGAUGAUACAAACUAUCUUCCUUAGUUUAAUUAGCAUGCACUUAAUUCCGAGAUUUGAUUGUUUCGAUCAACUGUUUAAGACUGUAAUUGUCAGUUUGCCCUCAGUUAUUAGCUUGAUUGCUACAUGGUUUGUCCUUUUUAUUACUUUUGCUAUAGCCUUCAACCAGAUUUUCGGUCUCACAAAAUUGGGAGAAAGUGGGGGCACUAACCGCAAUUUCAGGUCAAUCAGAAAUGCUUUGGUUAUUCUCUUUAUGAUGUCCUGCGGUGAAGGGUGGAAUAGUGUCAUGCAUGACUACACUGUUAAUUUCCCGAAUUGUAUCAACGAUUCAGACUUUUACAACUCUGAUUGUGGUAAUAGACCUUGGGCAUAUGCAUUGUUUAUCUCAUGGAACAUAAUAUCAAUGUACAUUUUUGUCAAUAUGUUUAUUACUGUUGUUUUCGAAAAUUUCAACUACGUGAGCUCUUAUUCUUUUAAAACUCUUGGACGCUCAGAUUUCCGUCAAUUCAAACAGUUUUGGGCGCCUUUUGACCCAAUGGUAACAGGCUAUAUUCCGAAAAGGAACGUGGCUAGGUUUUUAGUAUCAUUGAGAGGAAUUUACGAUUGCAGGAUCUACAGAGAUGAUUUUUCCGUAACAAAUUUAGUAUCCAAAACAAGAGGAGGGAAUGAUACUUCGAAUUUAUUUAUUGACGACGAGUUUAAUCUGAGUAUUAACAUUAACCUUGAUGGUUUGGACAAUACUUUAUUAGACUUGGAUAUUGAAGAAAUAAGGAAACGUCGAAAGUCUCUCAAUUUAUUAUAUACAGAACUUAUGAUGCUUCCUGGCAAUGUUGUGUCGUUUUCAGAUAUGUUGAUGGUCAUAGUCCUACAUAAAGUCGUUGAUCACAAACGAGUUUUACCUAUUUCAGACUUUAUUCGUCGAACAUAUGUACUCUCACGACUAGAAGAGACCUUCAGAUUUGAGAAGUUAAUGGACCUGAUUGAAACUUCGAAUUUAAGGCGUGCUUUCCUUAAUCACCUCAAAGAGAAGAAACUAGCAACGGAAAAUCCCUUUAUAACUUUGGAGGAAGUUUCAAGUCUUUCAGUACCUGUUUUUUCCGAAGCUUCGUCUCAAAAUGGGCUGGAUCCCGGUCAUUUGCAAAUUACUCCUUCUUUGGGUACUAGGUCUCCUUCUUAUUCCAAUUCUUUGGUUCCCUCGCAGAAGUCGGGAUCUAUACUUUCAGUGGAAAUUUCCCCUAAUCAAAAUACAGCAUCGGCUUCUAAUGAUAAUGAACUACCUCAAACUCCCCAAACUCCCUCAUUCAAAGACGUUAUCCUUCGUGGGUCACAUUCAUUGCGUUCUGCUUCCGACCAGCAUUCUGUAAACGAAAUGGAAGCCGGAUUUGGUGUAACGACGGCAGGAACAGGAAGCACAGAAGAUUUACACCAAAUUGUUGACCAAAUUGAUGAUUAUUUGGAACUUUAACGAUUAACGAUACUUAUAAACGUUUACUGAUGCAUCUCAAAUGCCUGUCUGUCAAUAACGGUUUGAGUUAAGGUUAAUAAACUUGCUAGAAAAAGAAUCGGGAUAUCAAACAAAUUGUUUCAUGAAAUUUUUGGAUGAGGAUUUUGUCCAGGUUAAUAUCUCUUACGCUUACGCAUAGACGUUAUUCAUGUAAUUUUAGUAUAUGUAGACGAAAAGUCAUUAUAAAAAAAGAUUUAUUAUAAAAAUGUUAGAUUUAAUUGCAAAGAUUUAGUACAAGUUAUAUAUAGUAAGUCAUAACGCC